GCAACGCUCCGUGCGUGGAUUAAUGGCGUGCCACUCCACAUAAACGCUCCUCGGUUUUACCAAUUUUAACAACAUACAUUUUAACAACAUACGCGCCGCAAAACACCGCCAACGGGCGAAAAUGUGUAAAUAGCUUGUCACCGCGAUUCCCUCCAUAGAGCAGCAAUUUCCAGGAGCCGUGCGUUUGGAGCGCAGAUCGAGAGCAGCGGUUCGCAAAAUUGCCAAAAUUUGUGCCGCCGCCUGCCCGUAGUGAAAACUUGCAGGUAGCUUUCUUUGGCUGGUGAGGAUGACGGACAUAGUGUACCCCACUGGAUGUCGGCCGCUGGUCGAGGAUUUGGGCACGGAUGAGCUGAUACGUCGCCUGAAGACCCUCGCCAAUGUACUGCAGACCAUGGACCAGGACGACAAUCUCUACCAGCAGUACAUUCCCUUGGCACUCCACCUACUGGACGACUUCUUUAUGCAGCACACUUCCCGCGAUGUCCAGCUCUUAAUCGCCUGCUGCGUGGCAGAUGUGCUGCGCGUUUAUGCGCCCGAGGCGCCCUACAAAGAGCAAGAUCAAAUCAAAACUAUAUUUAAGUUUUUCAUCAAGCAACUGCAUGGACUGAAGGAUCCCCGUGAUCCCUCCUUCAAGCGUUACUUCUAUCUGCUGGAGAAUCUGGCCUUUGUCAAGUCCUUUAACAUGUGCUUCGAGCUGGAGGACUGCCAGGAGAUCUUCCAGGAGCUAUUUAGCACCAUCUUCAAGAUUGUCAACGACCAGCACAGCGUCAAGGUUACUAACUUUUUUCUAGACGUGCUGAGUCCGUUAAUCACAGAAGCCGAUAAUCUUUCGGUGGAAUUGUUGGACCUCAUACUGAUCAACAUUGUGGAGCCGUACAAAUCUAACAACAAGUUUGCCUGCCAACUAACCGAACAACUGCUCACCAAAACAGGCGAUGCUCUGGAGUCCACCAUCAAAAUGUUCUUCAAUCGUGCUUUGGUCAUGGAUAAACCAAACACUAAACUGUCCAUUACAAACAAAAUCUACGAUAUCAUCUAUGAGCUUAACCGCAUCAAUCCGGACCUGCUGUGCGCAGUGCUGCCCCAACUGGAGAAUAAACUGCUGUCCACAGACGAUGCUGAAAGACUAAAGGCCACCACUCUUCUGGCCCGCAUGUUCUCCGAAAAAGACUCACAGCUGUCGAAGAAGUACCAGAACCUGCUGAAAAUCUUCUUCGGACGCUUCUGCGACAUCACCGAGCCAGUACGCAUCAAGUGCGUCCAGUCGUCCAUGCACUUCCUGCUCAACCAUCCGAUUCUUCAAGCGGACAUCACCGAGAAGUUGCGGCUAAGGAACCACGAUCUGGACGAGGUUGUUCGCCACGAAGUGGUGAUGGCCAUUGUGGAGACUGCCAAGCGUGACUUUAGUCUGGUGCUUGAGGCGCCCGAACUCCUGGAGAUCGUGCGCGAGCGGACGCUGGACAAGAAGUACAAGAUUCGUAGGGACGCGAUGAACGGUCUGGCCUACAUCUACAAGCGAGCGAUCUGCGAACCCAACGACUUGAGUACCGGACUCAAAGUGCGUGUGGACUGGAUCAAGAACAAGAUACUGCACGGCUACUACAAAGUGGGCUUGGAGGAUCGGCUGCUCGUGGAACGCCUGCUCAUCACCUGCCUGGUGCCCUACAAACUGGCUCCCGAGGAGCGCAUGAAGAAGCUGUACCAUCUGCUGGGCGAUCUGGAUGCGAACGCCACCAAGGCAUUCGUGGAGCUGCAGAAGAACCAAAUGAAGACCCGCAACACGGUCAGCGAUUGGAUCAAACUGCACCACUCCAAGGAGUUUACGCCUCGUGUGCUCAGCCAACUGAGCGCCAAACAGGCAAACAUAGCCAAAUUGCUGCCGGAUCCCCUGAAAGCGUCCGAGUACCUCACCCAGUUUAGCAACAACCUGCGCAAGGAUGCCCAGCUACUGCGCUGCAUCAACAUUGUCCUGAAGCGAGACGUCAGCUGCCGGGAGUGCGCCGACACGAUGGGUGUUCUGCUGAAAAAGCUGGGCGCCCACGUCCACUCGAAUCUGUACUACAACACCGUCAAGAUGCUGAUUGAACGCGUGGCCUCGGUGAUGGUCGACAAAGAAUCCGUUGGCGUGCUUAUUGGACUCAUUGAGCAGUGCAUUGAGGGAGGUCCCAUGUGCGAGGAGAUUGGCAUCUCGCCACAGGAAGCGGGCGAGCGCGGACUCAAGCUGUUGAGCAUGCUUUCCUACGUCUUCUCGGCUCACUUCUUCACCGACACUUCGCUGCGUCAUUUGAUUUCCCUGCUGAGCUACGAGCAAGACUAUGUUGCUCCGCUGGUCCUGAAGACUCUCACUCAUCUGGGACGCUAUCAGCCACUUAUCGACGACACCACUCCAGCCAUUCUCGAAGAGUUGGCUCCGGUUUGCAAGGAUUUUGCGCUGAUCGGCACGCCAAAGCAGGCGAAGCACGCGGUGCGUUGUAUUUUUGUGAACAGUCAAUCGUCCGCAGCCACUGAUGGAGCAGCGGGUGGAGCCGGGAGCGCUUCCACCACUACCCAGACUGUGCAUCCUAUUUUCAACGAGAUCAUCGAGACACUGCGCCUGAAACUGACGCCAAACUGCGAGUAUCAGCGUACGAAGAUCGUAACCCUGGGUCACAUUGCGUACAACAUGCCGCAGGCCUUUCUCACGCCCAUUAAGAACAUGAUUGCGCGUCGGAUUGUCAAGGAGCUGCUCAUCCAGGAGGUGCCGGCGCAGCGGGACUACGAUCUGCCCGAGGAGAGCGACUGGUGUGCCCAAGAGGAUCUUCCGCCCGACACGCUGUGCAAGCUGGACGCCCUGAAGGCCAUGGCCCGCUGGUUACUGGGCCUGCGCACCGAUGAGCACGCCGCUCAGAAGACAUUCCGCAUGCUGGCCGCGUUCGUCAACCAGCGGGGCGAUCUCCUCGGCCAGAACCGCCUUUGCGGUGCCGAGAAGUCCUGGCUGCGUCUGGGGGCUGCCUGCGCCAUGCUCAAGGUCUGCGAGCAGAAGGGCGUGGGCGAUCAGUACAGUGCCGAGCAGUAUUUGCAGCUCUCCCAGCUGAUGGUGGAUCCGGUUCCCGAGGUUCGGGAAAUCUUUGCUCGCAAACUGCACAAGGGAUUGGGCAGAAGUCUGCCGAGGAAUUGCCUGCCCCUGGACUUUAUGGGCUUGUAUGUGCUGGCUGGUCUGGAGACUGACAGAAAAUUGCAAGACCUUGUCCGUCACUAUACGGAAACGGAUGUAAACAAGCGUCGGGAAUAUCUCAAGACUGUGGCCAUGACAUCUCCCGACAGCUCAACGGAGUCACAAUCACUGCACAUUUUACCUGACUAUAUGCUGGCCUUCGCCAUCCCCGUGCUGGUCCACGAUCCCCGCUUCACGAAUCACGAGGACUACGUCCAGCUGCGCAAAAUGGAGAAGUGCCUGCGCUUCGUGCUGGAGCCCCUCAUGGCCAAACGGGAAUCAUUUGUCCACAGCUUCUACAAGCAGUUGCUGCAGCUGAUAAAGCUCCGCGAGUUCAGUCAGGGCUCGGACAAGCGCGACAACUAUAAAAUGUGGGCGCUCUGCGAUCUCGCCAUGUACAUUAUCGACUCAAAAUUCAGCCCAUUUGAUGCCAACACGAGCACAUUCUCCAUGCCGCUGGCCCUGCCAGAAAUGUAUUAUAAGCAGCCGGCCGUUGCGAAUUUCCAAAACAAUGAGAUCUAUAUACCGCUGGACGUGUAUACGUUGGGAGUCAAGUCCACGAGUAAACCCGCCACGACGGCCAUGACAACGUCGCGAGCGGCAGCAGCUUCAAAGAGACCGGCGGAACCAUCGAUCCUAGAUGAUGACAAUCCGCAGGAAAACAACCUGUUCGACAAUAUACGAGCGGCUGACACCACAGAGCCAAUGGCCAAAAGAACGCGUGCGGGAGCCUCUUCAGCCAAAUCAUAAGGGCUGUAGGAGCAGCAUGAAGCUGGAUCGAUCGCAUACUUGUUAGUUUAGUUACGGUUAGUCUAGGCGCCUAAGUUAACUAAAUAUUUAAGACGUAGGGGAACUACAAUAGCUGUUAAACCGACACUACCUAAUACCUACACCACGCAGAUCAUACUUAAACCCCCAAAAUUCGGAUUGUUCAAUUUUGCAUCCCGGUUGUACCAUAUUCAAUUUGUGAGAUAGACCAAAAACGCAAAGCUCAGAUAAUGUGUCGUAUAAUCUGUUAAACACUUCAAUGUAAAAGUAAUUAUUUAUCAGUUUUUAGAUGUUUUAACCUGUUUUUUUUUUAAGGUGUCCUAUUCUUUUAUUUUUUUAACCUUUAGUUGUAGGCCUCAAUGAAUAUCGAAUAAUUUAAGGAAAGUAUAUCGCGCAUUAGUUGAAGUACGGAGUGAAGAAAUGAAAACGUAAACAGAGCCUUAUUAAGAAA